GGAACUCCGUUAACGUUAGAGAAUAUAACAGUAGAUCCACCCAAAGGUAGUGAAGUACGGGUGCGGAUGGUAUCUGCGGGUAUCUGUGCCAGUGAUGCCCAUUACAUAUGGGGUCAACAGACAGAUGCUGACCUAGACUUUGGCGGUAAGCCAGUGGUGUUAGGCCACGAGGGGGCCGGUGUGGUCGAGUCGGUCGGACCUGAUGUGAAGAGUGUAGGUGUGGGCGAUCACGUGAUAAUGCUAUGGUUGCCUAACUGCGGGAAGUGUCCGCUCUGUGCGCACCCGAAGACCAACUUUUGUAUGAGUGUUGACCCGUACUCCACGUUAUAUCACGAGAAAGGGGUGACGCGAAUGAAAAUCAAUGGCGAAAACUUGCUAUCAUUUCUUGGCACGAGUACUUUCUCGGAGUAUAUAGUGGUAAGGGAGGUUCAAGUUGCUAAGAUCAAUCCAAAGGCUGAUCUCAAGACAGCCUGUGUGAUAGGCUGUGCUGUUGGCACGGGGUAUGGAAGUGUUGUUAAUAUAGCCAAAGUACAUCCCGGUGCCAAAUGUGCCGUUUGGGGUUUGGGUGCCAUUGGGUUGUCAGCUGUAUUGGGCUGUAAACAGGCCGGCGCUGCGACCAUAAUAGGAGUCGAUAUAAACCCCGAUAAAGAAAAUAUUGCCAAACAGUUUGGUUGCACCCGGUUUAUUAAUCCCAAAACUCUAGACGAACCGAUCGAAAGUAUACUACAAAAAGAAGGGGGACUGGAGUUUGCCUUCGAUUGUAUCGGUAAUCAACAGGUGAUCGACUCGGCCUACAAAUCAUUGUGCCCCUGGGGGUCACUCACUCUUAUCGGUACA